CCAACCCGAUGGCGGGCACCGAUACCACGAUCCUCGCGCUCGCCGGGGUGGGCGCGAGGGAGGACAAGGCGCUGGGCUUUGCCAGCUGUGAGCGCCACCUCGGCGCCAGCGAGGGCGUCAACGUGCUCGUGGAGCGCCGGUCGAGGGACGAGGGCACGGGCGACGUGGAGUACUCGUACGGGAUAUCCAACGUCGAGUACACCGUGCUGGAGCAGCACGGCAUCGAUGACACGCCGGUGGACGAGGGAAGCGACGAGAGCGCGUUCCCCGCCAACACCAACGUCCUCUACAUCGGCCUCGGCAAGAUCCGCGAGGGCUUGCUGUCUUCCCCGAGGGGCGCCUUCCCCGGUAUGCUCGUGAACUUGUCGAAACCGGCGAUGGCUGACGGGACGAAAGGGGGACGGCUCGAGACGUCGAUGCAGAACAUCGCGGACGUGCUGACGCAGCGGUCCAAGGGGACGCCGCUGCACCCCUCGCGAUGGGGCGACCUGCCCACCUUUGUGCUGUACACCCUCAGACGGCGCAUCACCUCGAGCGCCAAGAAGAAGCGGAACCCCGACCAGUCGCCGCCCAACCUGGCGCAGACACCCGACGGAUCGUUCCUGGACCUCGUGAAGAACGCCGCGGACUUGCUGGACAGGUGCGGGGUGUCGCACCCGCCCCCGCAGACGGGAACCGUGGAGGAUUACCUCGCAAACGGCCCGGGGUUCAUCUUCUGCGCCAACCCCGCCAUCGGACCCUUGUGGCAGGUGACGGAGCAAAAAAUCGCGCGCGGGUCCAUCGGCGAACGAUCCGAGGUGCGGCUCGAGAUUGCCGAGAUCGAGUGGGCGGACGUCCACGUCACCGGGUCACUCCUCGUGGAGGCGGACUCGCCGUUGGGCGCCACGCGCCAAACCCCGAGCGGGGCGCCCACGCUCGUCUUUGACGAGAACGAAUGCGGCCGAUGCCGGCUGCGCGACGUUAAAAUUACCAACGCCGGCGUCGACUGGCACGCGGACGGGACGACGAUCUGGUCCGCGCAGCUCACCAGGACGGAGUGCUGCGAGAUUCGUGUGGAGGGUGACGGAGAGUUUGACGCCAAGGGGGUGACGAUUAAGGGCGACGCGAGAUACGUGGUGCCGGCGGGGUGGCGGCUACAGCUCCGACCGGAUAGGGACGAUCCCGGGACGAUCGUCGAGCGGUGGACGAACUUGGCCGCCGCGGGUGGAGGGCCGACGUGGAACUGGGCGUACGAGGGCGGCGCUGGCGGGGACGUGCGGCUGACGUUGGACGCACGGCGCGUCGGGCACCACGGGUCGUCGAUGGAGAGCGCGAAAGUCGCCGUCGCGGAGCGCAGAGCCGCCGCCGCCGCCGCCGCGCGAGAAGGGCGAUCGCAGCGCGCGCCGCUCCGGGAGAAGAACGGCGUCGGCGGGUCGGUUGGGAAGUCGAAGAAGGCGUCGGCGUCGAGGGAGGGACUGCCGGCCAGGUAGAUAAACGGGAGGGGGCUCAUCCUCCCCAGCGUUGCCUGAUGAAUGAAGAAGAAUUUGUCUUGCU